CCCGCCCAAGAUGGCGGCGGCCGGGCAGGAGUUGUGGGUGCUGCUGGCGCCUCUCUCGGGGCGGGACGCGACCCGGGCCCGGCUGAGUAUGGGGCAGGGCGCUCUGGGCACCCUCCUGCCCCAUGCUGGGAUACUCCUGGAGUCCCUGGUGCCGCGGGGAGGCGGCCGAGCUCGGGGCAGCGUCCUCCCAGGAGCCUGGGCUGACUUCAUGUGGGAGAACACCGGAGAUGAUCUGCAAGCAGGCAAGACAAAAAUACUGGCUCUUAGUAAAAGUCAUGAACUGUUCAUCUAUGAAUUCACUCUAGAAGAUGGGAAAUACAACCCAGUUUCCCUGCAUAGUUAUAAGGAAGACACGCUUAAAAAGCUCCUUGAAGUUAAAAACAAUAGUCUGUCUUCAGUUUUCACUCUGAGGAUCCUCUCUUUUGAAAAGAACACAUGCAGGCUGCUGCUCAAUAAGUGUGUUGUUGUGCAUCUCACCUUUCCUGGGAAAGACUCGCCCUUAGAGACGUGCGACUGCUUUACCCUCAAUUUGCCUCCGCCGGUUUUGGAAAGAGUAACAGAUGUGUGCUUCUGCCGGGGGAUCCUGUUCCUGUUAGACAGUGCCGGCUGGAUUUAUGUGUUUGACUCUUUUGAUGGUGCAAAUCUAGCAAAGGUCAGCGUAGCGCUCUGCCAGGGGAAUGUGCAGGAUGAGGACAAGUGUCCAGCCACCUCGUCACUACUUUCUGGGGUUAAAGUGGCGCGGGAUCUCAGUGUGGCGGUGGUCACCACUUCUUCCAACUAUGCCGUCUCUGUGGAUCUGAACAGGUACUUCAGACAGUUCCCUGGGCAUCUGCUCUGUAAGAGACAUCCUGAAAGUCUUCCGGUGAAGCCUCCCGAAGGGCUCGAUGAGGAUGACCUUGCUAGUUCAGACUACAGCAUGGAGUUUUUGUCACUGCCUUUCCGGACUGACAGGUCCUGGAAGGCACAUUUAUCCUCACUGUGUGAUGUUGUAAGGAGAAGGCGACCAGGUUCUCCAGAUUUGGUGAACAACUUGAAUUUACCUUGGUAUCAUUUUUUUACCCAUCUUGAAGAUCAUAAUCCUGAAAUCUGUGAAGAGUCUGAGAAGAUGGUGGCUUUUGUUCCACGGGCUGCUACCUGGGCUCCUUCCAUACCAGUACAAAACAACAGUUCAAACCUCAGGGAUGCCAGACAGCAGUGGAAACAAAUCCUUACAGAAGCACCACAAGAAGUGGUGAAACUGGAGUGUAAAUUGGUCACGGGAGCUACAGCCCUGUUUGUGGUAUCAACGAAAGAGAAAGGACUGACUCUUGCUCUCUGGGACUUCGAGUCACAAGAGGUGACGUGUUACCCCUGUGGCCAGAACAGCGUUCCUGUGGAUUGCAGUGGGGAGGAACCACUCUGUCUCCUGCUAACAGAGCGUGGUCUCUACUUAGUUCUGUUUGGUUUAACUCAAGAAGAGUUUCUGAAUAGAUUGAUGAUCCACGGCAGCGCUGGAGUCGUAGAGUCUGUUUGUCAUCUCAACAGAUGGGAACGGUGUUCAGUCCCAAUACACGCAUUGGAGGCAGGUUUGGAAAAUCGUCAGCUGGACACGGUAGACUUCUUUUUAAAAAGCAAAGAAAGUCUCUUCACUCUGCCUGCCCCCUGCUCAGGACCUGAACAGUCUGCUGAGAGCACUUCCCAGACGUACCUGAAAAAUUUGGAAGAGCUGAGGCCGGCUCUAAACCUGCUUUGCUCAGCAAUCGGACAAAAUGAAUCAGAGCCUCAGAAUAAGCACUUUUCUGAGCAGCUGCUGAACCUCACGUUGAGUUUCCUUUCCAAGCAACUUGAAGAAAUUUCUGUGCACACAGCAGAACCUGAUGAAUUCCUGCAGAAGAGUGCAGAUAUUUUAACUGAUUACAUCAUUAAACUUAGAAAAUUUGUGAGAAAAUACCCCCGACUACAGAUAGACACUGUGCACAUUGGGAGUGGGCUUGAUGAAAACCUGCCUGCGUUAGAGGAAAGCCCCGUGUGGGAAAAACUGACCCCAGAAGAAGUCAUCGCCGAGGCCAUCUUAAGCAAAAAAAUGCCUGAGGCCCAGGCCUUCUUCCGAAUGCAUCAGCAUCCUGCUCAGAGUCUCCAAGAACUGAUUCAAACCGGUUUGAAUCUGGUCUAUGACCGUCUCCUCAAGGACAAUACCAGAGAGGCCUCGGAGCUUUUGAGAAAUAUGGGCUUUGAUGUGAAGGAGGAACUGCGUAAGAUCUGUUUCUACACAGCUGAUAAACGCGUGCGCGAUUUAUUGGUGAAAGUUUUACAAGAAGAAAAUUAUUUUUCUGAAAAAGAGAAGAAAAUGAUAGACUUUGUGCAUCAGGUUGAAAGCUUUUACUCGGAAUCCUCCCAAGAAAAUAAAGAGAUUCAAUCUCUUUCCAGUUUCAAGACCUGGAGGAAAGAAGAUGACCUUUCCAGACAGAUGGCCAUUCUAGACUCCUUGUUGAACUGUGAUAGACAUCGGGUUCACAAUCGGCGAGUCCGAGUGGUGUUUGACUGGGCUCAGGGGUGGGAUGAGCUUACACAGGAGAUGAUUCUUCUCCCCAAAAGACCACGCCAAGAACUCAAGACAUGUAAUCCUGCGGUUCUCUGGAUGCACUUGACAGCCCAGCAUGACUGGCCUAACAUUUGUGCAUGGAUUGAAGAGUGUGAGCCCAACCAGACAUUGUGUGGAGAAGCUACCUGGCCCCCCCUCACUCCGGAUAUUAUUGACCGGAACACAUUGUGUAGUAGCUAUAUGAGAAAUGAUAUCUUAAACAAGCUGGCUAGAAACGGAAUCUUUGUCUGUUCUGAGCUGGAAGAUUUUGAUCUUCUGCUCCAGAGGCUGUCUUACCUCGGGGGAGUGCUGCAAAAUCCUCACCCUGUUCCAAAAUACAGCACUGCUGCUGGCUUGGACUUCCACGCUCGUUUUGUCCUUCACUGUUUAGAACAUAAUUUGCAGUAUCUGUUAUUCACUUACUUGGACUAUUACAGUUUAACGCCUUCAAAUUGUCCUAUUUUGGAUAACAAGGAACUGCAUGAAGCGCAUCCCUGGUUUGAGUUUCUUGUGCAGUGCCGAGGGGUUGCCAGUAAUCCACGAGAUCCAAAGAUGAUUUUUCAGGCUAGUCUAGCAAACGCUCAGAUCCUGAUUCCCAGUAACCAAGCCAGCGUGAGUAGCAUGCUUCUGGAAGGACGGACGCUAUUGGCACUUGCUACUACCAUGUAUGCGCCCGGGGGUAUCGAUCAGGUUCUUCAGAAUGAAGAUAUGGACAGACCUAUAAAGAAAGUUGAUCCACAGCUCUUAAAAAUGGCAUUGACUCCUUACCCCAAGCUCAAAGCUGCUCUCUUCCCCCCCUAUUCUUCUCAUGGAAUUUUGCCACCUGACAUCUCUCUUUACCAUCUCAUGCAGUCAUUAGUGCCCUUCGAUCCCACUAAAUUAUUUGGCUGGCAGUCAACAAACACUCUUGCUGCAUCAGAUGCAUCGAGUGACUUCCCUCAUUUUUCAUCCCCUGAACUGGUGAACAAAUACGCUGUAAUGGAACGGCUGGAUUUUUUGUACUACUUGCACCAUGGACGUCCAUCGUUUGCUUUUGGAACAUUCCUGGUCCAGCAGUUAGUAAAGAGCAAAUCUCCCAAACAGCUGAUUCAACAAGCAGGAAAUCAAGCCUAUAUUUUGGCCCUGUCUUUCUUCAGCGUGCCGGCAGUCCCAGCAGCCUGCGUCUGUUUUCUAGAGUUGCUUGGUCUCGACAGCCUCAAACUCAGGGUCGAUAUUAAAGUUGCAAAUGUAAUUUUCAGCUACAGAUCUAGAAAUGAAGAAUCUCAGCACAAUCAAAUAAGAGAAUCUUUGGUUGAAAAGUUAACAAAGUCGGCUGAUGGUGAAAAAGCAGCAGCAGAAGCAGUUCUUCUCUCCUUAGAAGAAGCCUUUUGGGAUACAGUUGAGCGUCAAGGAGUACAGAAGACGUCCAGUGACUCUAGAAGACAGUGGUCUUUGGUCAUGCAGUUCUGUAAACUCCAUAAUAUCAGACGGAGCACAUCUUACCUAAAGGAAUGUGCUAAGUGUAACGACUGGCUGCAGUUCCUCACCCAAGCCCAGCUGCACAGCUACCAGCCGGAUGAGGUCAUUCCUAUCCUCCAAGAAUUUGCUCCUGCUUUACAAGAUCACUUAAUGUUGGCACUGGAGAAGUUACCACUUUUGUGUCCUGGCCCCGAGAGUCCUGAAAACAGCCCUGCCAGGGUGCUCGAGAGCAAAACCACAGACGGGCUCUUUCAAAUUCUCCUUCGGUGUCAGGAGAACGCCAGCCCUUCCCGUUUCCUUCUGACUGAAGGACUGAGAGAGCAUGCUCCUGUUCUGAGUGUUCUAGCAGCGUGUUUCCCGGAUGCAAAUAUUGUUCAUUGUCUCUGUGUCUGGAUCCUUACUACUGUGGAUGAUGCCACCAGAGUCGAAGCAACGAACCACAUUCACAGCGCAGCAGAAAGUCACGAGUGGGACCUGCACGACCUGUCAGUCAUCUGGAAAAUCUUCUUAAGAAAGCAAAAAAGUAAAACUCUUCUAAAUGGCUUCCAGCUCUUCUUAAAGGACUCGCCUUUACUGUUCAUACUGGAGAUGUGUGAGCUAUGUAUGAGCUCUAAAAAAUACAGUGAAGCUAAAACCAAACUGGACAAGUUUCAGGAAAGUCUCACCAAACUGAAAACUGCGGAGGAACCAGCAGCGUCAGAAUUACCGGUGCAGUGGCUGGAAUCCCAAGCGUUGUUUCUGCUUGAGUUGAUGAUGCAGCAAUGUAGGACGGAGUACGAAUUAAGAAAGCUCUUACAGCUGUUUGCUGCAGGGGAUAAUCUUCUACUCGAUGGCCCCUACGUGAAGAAACUCUGUGCGCUCAGUGAGACCCUGCAGGAUUCCUCCAUAUCAAUCAAUCGCUCCAUCCUAACCAGUUAUGAUAUGGAGAUGUUUCGGAAUGAGUGCAGAUCAAUUCUGGAGCAGCUACAGGAGAAAGGAAUGUUCUCUCAGGCUCGGGAGGUAGCAGCGCUGGCUGAACUACCCAUGGACAACGUAGUUAUCCAAGAGGUUCUACGAGAUCUCCGUCGGUUGAGAGACAUCGGACAGUGGCAUCAAAACCAGACAAGGACUGAAUUCUGGAAAAAGUGUAAUGACAACUUUGUGAAAAACUCAAUCUCCAGCAAAGCUGCAUCUGAUUUUUUUUUAAAUCAGGCAACCACGGUAUUUGAAUCUUUAGCUCAUGAGAAAAUAAGCAGCAUCAUGGAGAGGCAUUUAUUGUUUACCCUAGCUGGCCACUGGCUCGCCAAGGAUGUCUCGGUGGCACUGCACAAAUUAGAAGAAAUAGAGAAGCAGAUCUGGAUUUGUCGCGUUGCACAGCGAACGCUCUCCACAGAAGGGCAGGGUGGCAAGUCGAGCUUUCCCUCCCACAUUGCAAUGAACGGGGAUCUCACCUUUGAUAACUUAGCUAAGGAGUUCUCUUUUUCAAAGCUACCUGCUCUAAACACACCAAAGUACUUAAAACUGGAAGGUCUUGAAUUGAAGGAAUCUCAGAAGACCUUGACUGAUGAUGAGGAGGAAUCGCUCAAGUGUCAGAUCGGCUGCCUUCUCGAUGAGGGAAGCGUACAUGAAGCCAGCCGUGUUUGCCAGUAUUUCCAGUUCUACCACCGAGAUGUUUCACUGGUGUUGCACUGCCGAGCUCUGGCUUCUGGGGAGACCGACCUAGAAAGGCUGCACACGGAUAUUCAGACUCUUCUUGCAGCAAAGGAGACCUCUGGAGGCAGCGUGUUGCAGCAAAGCAGAGUCUCGAGCGCCUCAAGCCUAGAAGACUGGACACACCUUGUGGCUCCAUCUCCUGAUGAUCAGGUUGUGACCAGUCUGAAGGCUCUCAUUGAUGAAUGUGUCCAUGGGCGAAACUACUGCAGACAGGUUCUCUGUUUGUAUGAACUUUCUAAGGAACUGAACUGCUCCUACAGCGAAAUGUCAGCCCACGACCCUGAAAAAGUGCUUCGAGCCAUUCUGUUGUCCCGACAGCCAGCGAGGUGCAGGACAGCUCAGGUGUUCAUCGCCACACAGGGGCUGCAGCCGGAAACCGUGGCAGAGCUGGUGGCUGAAGAAAUCAUGCAGGAAUUACUGGCGUCUUCUGAAGGGAAAGGACAGAAACACAUUUCAAACCCUGCAGCUGAGAGUGAGGCAUUCCUGCAGCUGGCUAAGCUGUGCCAGGACCAUACACUGGUUGGCAUGAAGUUACUGGAUAAAGUUUCCUCCGUACCAUGUGGCGAGCUGUCGUGCAUUACAGAACUGCUGAUUUUGGCCCAUAACUGCUUCAGUCUGACUUGCCACAUGGAAGGAAUCACUAGAGUCCUCCAAGCGGCACGGCUCUUCACUGAUGAAUAUUUGGCACCAAAUGAAGAGUAUGGGCUUGUGGUUCGUCUUCUCACUGGGAUUGGCAGAUACAAUGAAAUGACCUACGUAUUUGAGCUGCUGCAUCAGAAACACUACUUUGAAGUGCUCAUGAGGAAGAAAUUGGACCCAAGCGGGACGCUGAAGACGGCUCUGCUGGAUUACAUCAAGCGCUGUCGCCCCGGGGACAGUGAAAAGCACAACAUGAUAGCCCUGUGCUUCAGUAUGUGUCGAGAAAUCGGGGAGAACCACGAGGCUGCUGCUCGCAUACAACUCAAACUCAUCGAAUCUCAGCCCUGGGAGGAGUCUCUUCAGGAUGUUGCCAAUUUAAAGAAACUGCUGAUGAAAGCUCUGACUCUCUUUAUUGAUGCAGCAGAAAGCUAUUCCAAGGACUCCUGUGUCCGCCAGGCCUUGCGCUGCAGCCGGCUGACCAAGCUGAUAACCCUGCAGCUGCACUUCCUCAACACUGGCCAGAGCACCAUGCUGAUCAACCUCACCAGGCAGAACCUGAUGGACUCCAUCGUCUCCUUGCCCAGAUUCUACCAGGCGGCUAUUGUGGCCGAGGCUUACGAGUUUGUUCCAGACUGGGCUGAAGUUCUGUAUCAACAAGUGAUCGCUAAGGGAGACUUCGCCUACUUGGAAGAAUUUAAACAACAAAGACCACUGAAGCCUGGCAUUUUUGAAGAGAUUGCUAAGAAAGUCCAACACCACUCCCCUACGGACACUGCUCUGAAGAACCUGAAGAAGCUGCUGGCUUACUGCGAGGACAUCUAUACCUACUACCGCCUGGCCUAUGAUAACAAGUUCUACGAUGUGGUAAACGCGCUCCUGAAGGAUGUGCAGACCGGCUGCUGCCUCAACGAUCUGUUAUCCAACUAGAAUCCCACCUCUGGGAAACAGAGACUGGCUUGGGGAAGCGCUGGCACCACAGCUUCUGGCACAGUUGGUGCUGCCUCUCCGAGCAAUUUGGCCAGGUACCCGCCUGCGUGUGAAGGUUACUCCCCAAAACUGGUGGUGGCUGUAAAUACUUCCAAGCUUGGGACUGUGUGAACCUAAAGUUGUGUUUUGUACAAUAAAUGUUACUGUUUACAAACCGCUUGACUAACGAGCAGCUGCGC